AUGAGCGACAUCAAACAAAUGCAAGCAAUUAAACCGGAGAUAAUUCGUGCAAAACUUUUGAGUCCAAAUACAAAGAAAGACAUUGAAGCUAAAAAACAGCAAUCUAGUUAUCUUGAAAAUAUCGUAUCAAAGAGACUAGAUCAAGGGUAUUAGAGGUUGUCCUAGAAAAACUCGCCAAUAAAAAUAAAUAGAGAUUUAAUUGCAGUAGCCUGUAAUGAUAAAAGUGAUUUGAAUGAGAAUAAAUUUAAGUAAUUCCCUGGAAAAAAGAAUAAUCCCCAUGCUUAUCAAAGCACUGAUUUUCCUAAAACCAAUAGUCCAACGCAUAAGAAGGAUAUAAAUGCUAAGGGCUGCUCUGUUGAUGAUAUAUUACACCUUUUGCAGUCUAAAUACAUAGAAAAUCCUAUUAAGACUAAUGCUGUACCUUCAAGUUUGAAGGAGAGAUUAAUUUUACAUAAGUAAGAAUUCAAAUCACAAGAUAUGCUCGAACAAUCAAGUGAGCUGUAGAGAACAAAGCGUAAGCUGUACAAUAAGAGACGAAUGACUAUAUCAAAGAGCAUUUAAAAUCUGAAAGAGCUAUAGAAGAGAAGUGAAGACAAAAUUUUCGGAGCCUCAGCAGUUUAAAAUCUUCAGGAAUCCAUAGAUAGAAGUAUAAUAGUCGAUCAUAAAUUUACAACUGCCGCUAUUAAUUAUGGGUCUAUGACCUUUAGAGAUAAGCAAUUCUUUGAAUCUAAAAAAGAUUCUAUUGGCAUAGAACUGCCACCAAUAAUUAAUCAGAAUAUAUAUGGAACCUUGACUUAAAGGUACUAGUAAUAUGAGAAAGACCUUGAGGAAUAAGGUCGAAUUCGAAAUUUAUAUUCGAAUGAUGAGACUUUUAAUUAUGAUUCGGAUUUAUAAAUUUAGCCAAACUCCAAUGUUUAAUCUUAGAUUCUAGAUGAUCAAAUUUUCUAAAACGAACUGAUAAAUGAAGAUCUUCCAAAAGCUAAAGCACAAUUACUGAGAAAUAAAGGCUUGAUUGACUCAGAGUCGUUGCAUGUUUUAGAUUUAUAUAGAAUUAAGGGUCAAUCAUUUGUUCCAACUACAGAUACUGAAAUUGGAUUUUUUAAGAAAUCUUUGAAUAAAAUACCAAUCCCUAAAAGAUAAGUGGACAAGAGCGGCAGAUAAAUCAAAGUGCAGCAGCAAUAAAACCUCUAGAAAAUCUUUAAAGUCUCUAAAAUAGAUUAAAAGUAUGAGGAAUUCCAGGAGUAACUGUCGAAAAACAGAGAGAAAUACAAUCUAUAGUAAAAUAGUAUAAUCAAUAUCAAAAUAUGUGAGAGAUAUUCCUCUUAGUAGGAACUUCAUACUAAUGAAGAUGAACAACUUGAGGAGGAACAAUCGUUUUUGAGGUUGGACGAUAAGCAUUGGAAGAAAAAUGGAAAUCACUUAUCCCCCAAGUAAAACUCUUCAUUUAAGAAAUAACUUAAAAGGAAAAAUUUUAAACUUCUAAUAAAGCAUAGACCAACUAACUAUGAAGAUAUUAAAUAUGAAAGUAAUCAACUACAAAAGAUGCUUGUUGUUUCAUCAAGCCUACCGCUUCUUCCAACGUAUAAAACUAAUUAUAAUAUGUAAGAGUUAUGA